CGAGACCAUGAAUUGACGUUUUAUUUGGAAGAUUUCAUGACUCGUUGAUUUCUAUGAUUAGUGUGGUCGAGGUUGGACCAAGUCAUGUUACUUUGUUUUACACACAGGCCUAUCUCAUGCUAUCCUUUCUGCUGAUAUAUCUAAGCGUAUCCUAUCAGGAUUUUCCCCAUUAUCUUUUCCUUGUCCUUCAUUGUUGCUGUUCUUUUCCUCGUCAUAAUCUCCUCUAUUUAGAUUUUCUGAAAAACACAUAACCUGUUCAUCCCAAUCACAGAGGAAAGCCUGAAUCAAGUUCAAUCGGGUCGUGUUUUGGCAGAUUUAGCUCCCAUGGCUGAUGAGUUUGCGGAAUUGGUAUGGGAAAAUGGUCAGAUUCUGAUGCGUGGACGGUCUACUUGUCCAAAAAUUUGUACUUCAAAGAAACCAAGAUUGCGGACUGAGAACAAUAUUCCAGAUCGUGGGGACCUCUUCAAGAAUAAGCGUUCUGUGCAAGAUGAUCACCAUUCUGAUGACUUGUUUCCCGGUUCGUACAAAAACGAUUUCAACAUUUUUCUGGGGACAACCCGAAAUAACACGUAUGAUGAGCAUCUCACAGAGUCCCAGAUAGUACCCGAAUGCGAAGACGAAAAUUUCAGGCUGGGAAAUGAUGCAUCUCCAGUUGAAAUUCCUCAAAUUACAAAAGCUAGGAGAGGUCCGUUAUACGAGUCUUCGUUGCAGCGAUGCCAAGCUUCAGUUUCAAUUAGCAGAUCAAUUGCGACUGGGAGCCAAAGCUUGUCUUCAAUGGGUAGAUUGCCCAACUCGAAUUUGCAGCAGCUUAAUUCGAGAACUGAUAAAGACUUAAGGUUAAGAAACUUCUCCCUAUUCUUAAGACCUGCAAUGCUCUCUAAAGUCGAUGACCAGCACCAAGGUGCAACAGAACCUGCAGAUGGUCCAAGUUCAUUAAGAGUUCAGGGUUUAAAAAGCAACCAGGAUAAAACUCCUGCAGAUGAUACAGCACUCGUACUGGAGUCAACAAGUGGUUCAGGAAAUGCUAAAGAUUUCUAUAAACAUCAAGAUCUAGUCACUGUUAAGACAGACCAGAUACAGCAGAUUGCUAAGACUUCGGAAGAGUCACCCCAGGAUGAGCAAUCUGAAGCUCCUGACCAUAGAAAUGCCAUUAAAAGCAAGCGGUUCCAACAGCGUGCGCCUAUUUCAAACUCAAGCUUACAAGCAAAUACAGUCGAGGGAAAUCCUGAUAGAGAGAAAUCUAAAGAUCAAUUGGCUGUAGCUACUUCACUAUGCUCUUGGGGAGCUUCAAAUGAUCUAAGUUAUUCUACUUUGAGGAGGAAUAACAAAGACAAGGAAGCGAUGGUGUCUUCAAGCGAAACUGAUGAGGGAGAUCAACAAGUGCCGAAACCUGCAUUUGCUCAUGCAGGUGCCAAGAGAAAACGUCGAGAAGUCCAUAAACAGUCUGAAAGGAAAAGAAGAGAUAAGAUCACCAAGAAGAUGCGUGCAUUACAAGCUCUCUUACCUAAUUCCACCAAGGUGGAUAAAGUUUCAGUGCUUGACAAUGCAAUUGAGUAUCUGAAGACCCUUCAGCUUCAGCUACAGAUAAUGUCACAAGGAACCAGCUUUUGCAUGCCGCCAAUGAUUGUGGGAACUGGAAUGCAACCCACACAUAUACAGGCAACAAAUUUGGCUCAUUUUCCGACCAUGGGACUACAAAUGGAUACGAGAAUUCCAAUGGGUGUUGGUUGCACCCCAGCAAUGUUCUCAAAUCCAGCUAUGCUUGGUGGGGUGCUACCUAUGCCAUUCAUUCCUCCUGUAUCUGCUAUGCCUUUUUCUGGAGCGGCCACGCCCGUGGGAUUUGCACGAUCUGCUCCUUCAUUAAGGUCCAAUGGUUCAAUAGUGCAGAAUAAUAACUCUUGAAACGAUUAACACGCCAUAGGCUCAAAGAUCCAAGCAUCAAUCAGGCCACAAGAGCAAAAGUCACCCAUCAUCAGACUUUGGUCAAUCUGAUCUGCAUGAUAAUGAUCUUCUAAUACUGGGAAAAGAUCCUUGGCAUGCACGCCCCACUUUCCUAGCUUGCAGUUGAUUGAGCUUAAUAGGUUUUCUUGUUCGUGGCCUGAAUUUAGUCAUCAGAAGAUAAACCUGAACCUGCUUAGCCAUAUUCUCUUCUGCGAAUUUGAGGGAAGCGAAUCAAAUCAAGAGUUCUACCAGGCACCAGCUGAGGGAUAGAUUUUGCUCGAAGUGGUGACGACAAUAUAAUGAACCCAACUCAAUAAUCUCUCCAAGGUUGUCGUUCGAUCAUUUGCUCAUCAUCUUGUGAAUCGACCGAGUGAAGGAAACAUUACAAGUGUAAAUUAGCUUGAAAAUGUACGAGGACCUGGGCUUUUGAUCAUUAAUGCGGUGUGUCAUGUUCAUUUCGUUUCAUAUAAAUUUUAUUUAGGUGUAAAUUUAUUCCACUUCCAUUACAACAUGUAAAUUUAUUCUACUUCCUUUACUACAUGUUUAAUUUUCCUUUUAUUAA